CUUCUCUCUGUAUGGUGAUUGUUUGUCUGUACACAGGAGACACACUGACAGAGGAAACCGAGAUACAGCUGCCUGAGAAUAUGAUUGAAGGAUCUGCCCGCACUUUUGUAUCAGUCCUGGGUGACAUCCUCGGCCGGGCUCUGAAGAACUUGGAUGGACUGCUCCGGAUGCCAUAUGGAUGUGGAGAGCAGAACAUGGCUCUUCUAGCCCCCAACAUCUACAUCCUCCAGUACCUGAAAGGCACACAGCAGCUCACCCCAGCCAUCAUGGAAAAAGCUGCGAACUUCCUGACCAGUGGUUACCAAAGACAGCUGAACUACAAAAGUGAUGAAGGCGCAUACACCACAUUUGGAAGAGGACCAGGAAACACUUGGCUGACUGCGUUUGUGGUAAGAAGUUUUGCCAAAGCUCAGUCUUUCAUCUUUAUUGAUCCCAGAAAGAUCGAAGAGUCUAAGACCUGGCUGCAACAUAAACAACAAGAAAAUGGCUGUUUUCAAAAGUCUGGGAAACUCUUCAACAACGGAAUGAAGGGUGGUGUAUCUGAUGAAGUGACUCUCAGUGCGUACGUUACUGCUGCCUUCUUGGAAAUGAAUACAUCCCAACAUGAUCCUGUGAUGAACAAGAGCCUGGCUUGUCUCAAGGAGUCUGACCUCAGCAACACCUACACUACAGCUCUGCUGGCCUAUGUCUUCACCCUGGCAGGAGACACGGAGACCCGCACUCACCUUUUGCAGCACUUAGACACAGUUGCAGUGAGGGAAGGAGGUUUCCUGUACUGGUCUCAGACAGCAGCAGAAACAUCAGCCUCCCUGUCAGUGGAAAUCAGUUCUUAUGUGCUGUUGGCCAAACUCAGUGCCUCCACAACUGCUGACGACCUGGGUUAUGCCUCUGGCAUUAUUAGGUGGCUGACUGGCCAGCAGAACUACUAUGGAGGCUUCUCCUCCACUCAGGACACAGUGGUGGCUCUUCAGGCUCUGGCUCUCUACUCCACUCUGGUGUUCAGUCCUGAGGGUUCAAGCACAGUGACAGUUCAGUCUGACAGCAGUCAGCUGACAUUUGAUGUAAAUCCGGGCAACAAACUGCUCUACCAGGAGGAGACGAUGCAGGGCGUGUCAGGAAGAUACAGCCUGGAGGUGAAGGGCACUGCAUGUGUGUCAGUGCAGAUUUCUGUUCACUACAACAUCCCGAGUCCCACUGAUGUCACUACUCUCAGCGUGGAGGUCAAAUCAGAGGUUGAUGCAACAAGUGAAUCCAGACGCAAGCUCACUCUGACAAUAAAAUCCCUGUACAGUGGAAAGGAGAAUACUACCAACAUGGUGAUCCUGGAUAUCAAAAUGCUCUCUGGAUUUGUCCCAAAUGCAGUGUCUUUAAAGAUGCUCGAAGGUGCCCCAUUGGUGGAUCGUGUUGAACAAACAGAAGAUCAUGUUCUGGUGUAUUUACAGGAGUUACCAAAGGACAUGCCCAUGAACUACAGCUUGACAGUCAUAGAAGAACUUCGAGUGGAGAACCUGAAACCAGCCAUGAUCAAAAUCUAUGACUACUACCAGCCAAGUGACCAGGCUGAGACUGAAUACAUUUACCCAUCAGCUGCAGCUUAAAGAUGUGCAGUCAGUCCUGAGGUUGUCACGCAAGUUAUUCAACUUGCAUUUUAAUAAAGAUGCUUUUUAAACACAAA